AAAAGUGUUCUUGGAUUUUGACAUUGCCAUUAUUGGUGGAUGUAGAAUCUCAAAUACAGAUAUUGUAUUUUGGAGAUGCAUUGGUGGGAGCGAGAAAAUUUUGUAAAUCGAUAAGAUUUCGCGUUUUACGAGUAAGUAAAUACGUGCCUAAAAGUAUCAACAAUUUUGCUCUGAACGAACUGUUCAAACCGCAUCAUUUCGGUGCAGAAGUUUACCAGAGUAGGUACCUUUGUGUUUGGUGUUUCAAGAGUUUUGCUUCAAAAAACAGUAUAUUCAACAUGAAAUUCGUCGUGUUUGUGACGUUAUUUGGAUCCGCCCUGGUAUUUGCGGUAGCUUCUCCGGCUGCGGAUACAUUUGAACAACAAGCACAAAAAAAACAAGAAGCUGCUGCCAAGCUUUGUAAUGCUACUUAUCCAGUCACUGAAGAUUCACUUAAUAAAUUACGAAAUCACGUCGUAAAUGGAGAAACCAUUUCAAAGACAUUCCAAACGCCAUGGUGUAAUCUACUGUGCAACCUAGAACACCUUGGAUUCUACGAUGCUCAAAGUAAAAUGCAAGUUGCAAAGAUUUACAACUACACGUUGAAAGCGGUUCCUGAAAUUGUACCCAACAAGAACUCGUUUUUGAUUUAUUUAUACCAGAUUGCUCGAACCACCGACCGUAUGGAAGAUAAAUGCCAGAAAGCUUACAUAGCAUAUUAUCUAUUUGUCGAAGCCGUUUUGUCACAUACCUUGGCUGUUGAUUUGGAAACUUUCGACGCCGCUACCAAGGAAAAAAUUGUCCAAAGUGUGCUGACUGGAGACGUAUUACCGAACGAAUUGCAGGGCACCAUUGCAAAAUGGUUAAAAAAUAACGAUUCAGUCAUCAAACAAGCAGCCGAAGAACAAAAUACAGGUGCUGUCUCUGCCCCUGCCCCUGCUCCUGCGCCCACCAGUUAACUCGAUGAUGUUUUUACAAUAAUAUUAUACACCUAUAACUAAUCAUCGAUAAGAAAAAAUUAUUCAUAAUUGUCGCAAAUUAGGCUUAUGUCCUAUUUUAUUGAUUGCAUUUACCUAAUUAAAAAAAUCAAGUAUAAUAAAAACCAUGCUAUUUUUAGAAAAGAAAUCAUUUCUAUUUAAAAUAGGCAAUACUUACGUUGGAAUUUCGCAAGAUAUUCAGAUAUUCCAACAAAAAUGUUUUUAAGCAUUUCUGUUUGAAGAAUUUUGAGCCCAAAAUUACUUAGAUUGUUAGACUGUAUUCGUGCACUAUUGAGAUAUAUGUAAAAAGGGAGGAUGAGAAAUACUCCUUAGCGAGUGAAAGAUUACCAGUAACCUGAUUCGGCUCUUUGUAAUAUCAAGAAGGAACUAUUCACUUACCCCUUGCUAGCUCAGCAUAUACCACGUUAGCAUCGGAUACGUCCACAUAAUAAACUAACCAUUGUAUAAAUUAGGCUCACUUCAAAUCAAAUCAACUUAUUCAUUUUUUGCAACAGGCAGCAUUGCUGCAUUUACAAAGUCGACUUAUUUACUUACUAACAAAGAUAUAAAAAAAAAUGAAUAAUAAAAUGAAAUAUUAUGAAAUAAAAUAGAGGUAUAGGAUUAACACAGAUAUUUAAAUAAAUGCCUUCAAUAAAAAUAAUAGAAUCAAAAAAAAAAAACAAAAAACAUAAUUGCAAUAAAUCAGAAAAAAAUACAUUCUAAAAAAAUUGAGGUAUUUUGUACAUUUAUUUAGAAUUAUUUACAACAUCAUAAAAUUAUUGAUUACACAAAAAAAAUUAAAAAGAAACAAUGAUGCUAUAUAAAAUGAUCAUGACUAUUGCAGAUGAUAAAUCAAAAAUACAAGGAGUCGCUGAAAGUAGUGAAAGUUCAGUUUCUAAUGCACUCAGUUAUGUAACAGCGUCCAUAUACUUAUACUCAUCUAUUGAAUAAAAUGUUUUUUUUAGCAA